AUGAAAACCAUCCGACGACUGCCUACUCGACUCGUACUCGAGACCGAAGCUGGACUUGUUCUCCAGCGGUUGUGGUAUCGCCUAGGCAGGAGACAGGACACCUCUGAGCUUGAACACCCUCUGAGAUUGCGAGACGCCCAACAAACUGAACGAGGAAAAUAUCGAAGACAGCGUACAAAAGAUCGAGACGAACAAAGAACACAUAUGAUGGCGUUGAGCGGCGAGAGGGAUUACAACUGGUGGCGCAGCAGGCUGUAUGAUGUCGUUUGGGAGCUCCAUGGAACGGCCUGGAUCGGAACCUCGUUAAAGCGAAGCUACGGGCAACUCUGA